AUGGAGUUAUUCUCAUGGCAGAUGUACUCGAUUCUCGUGUUCGGUAUCGGUGUGGAUUUCGGCAGAGCCCAAACCUGUGACCCGGCUACCUGCUCAUUACCCAGUUGUUUCUGUCCAAAGGCGGGCACCCCCGGGGGUCUGUCAACAACAGACAUCCCUCAGAUUGUCCUCUUCAUGUUCGACGGGUCGGUGACAUCUCUUCACUAUCCACACUACGAGGCUCUUUUCAACGACAACCGACUCAACCCUAACGGCUGUCCCAUCGGUGGUACAGUGUUCGUUUCCCAUAACUUCACCGACUACAGUUCAGUAAGGAAACUAUACCUCCAGGGACUGGAGAUCGGCGUCAACAGCGUAACGCGGCCUCUUUCCGACGCCUGGAAGAACGCCGGCGUCGAUAUGAUUAAAGACGAGAUCUUGACCCAAAAGGAGAACAUAAUCCGCGAGGCCCGGGUCCCAGAAGAUGAAAUUUGGGGUUGGCGGAGCCCAAACCUACAGUCUGCCGGGCGGAACCAGUUCAGAGUACUCCAGCUCAAUAAUUUCGAAUACGACUCCACUGUAGUGACAACUGGCUGGUCCGGGAACACGAAUAUCCUCGGGUGGCCUUUUACGCUGGAUUAUCCCUACCCAGAGCGUUGUCAGAUAGCGCCUUGUCCCUCCGAACCCUAUGAGGGACUCUGGGAAGUACCAAUUGUACCCUUCCAAGAUAUCAAAGCCGAGGGCACCUGUUCCUAUCUGGAAGGGUGCACUAACCAACCCACUAACAAGGCCGAAGUUCUGACGUUUCUAAAGAACAACUUUGAGGCCAAUUAUAAAGGAACUCGCGCUCCCGUUUACAUCAACCUUAGGAUUUCUUGGUUGGCCACGGAGUCUUACAAUCGUGAAGGUAUAAUUGACUUCAUCAACGAGUUGGUUGCCCUAGACGACGUCUAUAUUUUGACAGCUCACCAACUCUUAGCCUGGGUUAAAAAUCCCCAAACGCUGGCCCAUGCGAAAGAUUUUGCGCCUUGGUCUUGUCCCGAUUUUGUCAACAACAACAUCAACAUCUGGGAUCAGAUCAAAAGUAUAUUUGUGCAAGGAACUGGAAAAGAUGCCGUAGUACCGGAAGCACCUGCCACAACAACGCCCAGACCAUCCGUUCAGAUCAUCUAUGUCAGCGAAAAUGGCUCCGAAAGUCACCGAGGCUCGUGUGUGAUUCUAGGAUUGACAAGUUUCGUUUUGAUGGCGAUGAAACUGUUUUAA